CCAGAUGUGUCUGGCUCCUCCUCUCUGUCUAAGUAAAACAUUCCAGUGGAGCUGGAGACUCUGCACGAGGGCUUUUGCUUUUGCCUCGCACACAAAGACGACCAGGAGUUCUCCGUCUCUCGGCCAUGAUGAGAACCCUUCAGCUUGUUGUCGUGCUGCUUUGUGGCCUGGCCGCAGCCCAGCAGCAAGCCCUGAUGGACUACUUAGAGAGGAGGUUGCUAGCCAUCGAGGACCGCAUCUCCUUGUGGCAUGAGCAGACAAGCCGCUAUGCAUCGGAGCUGCGCGAGUUCAAGCAGCAGAUGGUGACUCAGCUUGAGGGCCUGGAUAAGAACAAGGAGGCACUGCGGACCGAGCUGGACUCGGUGGGUGCACGAGUAGAUCGAGUGGAGCGGGAGAUGGACUACCUAGAGACACAGAGUGGUGCGCAGCCAUGCGUGGAUGUGGACGAUAAGCUGGUGGAGCAGCAGGUGACUGUGGCCAAGGAGAGGAACAAGGCCAAGUACGCCAAGCUCACGGACUGCAGUGACAUGAUCUCCAGCGUCAAAGCUAUGAAGAUCCUCAAACGGAUGGGCGGCAGCAAGGGCAUGUGGACCAAAGACAUGGGGAGCUCCUCAGGGAAAGUUUACAUUUUCAACAGCACAGGGGAAGACACGUUGUACGAGUUCAGCUCUGUCCGGGACUUCACCUCUUCCCAAGGUACUUCAGCAGCGUCCACCAUCCAGCUGCCUUCAGCCUGGGGUGGUAUGGGUCAUGCCAUAUACAACAAUCACUUGUAUUAUGUAAAGGAUGGUGAGGAGAUAAGGCUGGUCAAGUUUGACCUGCAGAAAAGUAAGGUGGUGGACAGUGCAGUAUUUCCAGCUAAAGACCAACUGCCUGUCUAUACCCUGAACCCAGAGACCUAUGUUGACCUAGCUGCAGAUGAAGAAGGUCUGUGGGCCAUUUAUGCUACAAAAGAAAAUGAGAACCAUGUCUCUCUAGCCAAGGUGGACCCCAAAACGUUGGCCAUCGAGCAAAUGUGGGACACCCCGUGUCAAAGGGAGAAUGCAGAGGCUGCUUUUGUGGUCUGUGGCACUGUCUAUGUGGUGUACAACUCCAAGCUCCCAAGUCGCUCUCGAAUCCAGUGUGUUUUUGAUGUAAGUGACAUGGUGACCAAUGAUGAUGCUCCUACAGUGUAUUUUCCAAAGCGCUAUGGAACUCAUUCAAGUCUUAAAUACAGUCCCCUGGAGCAACUACUCUAUGCCUGGGAUGAUGGAUAUCAGAUUCUUUACAAGCUGCAAAUGAAGAAGAAAUUGGACGUGUAGGUGAUAUUGAACAGAAUAAUGCCCAGAUUUUUAUACUAUAGCUAUACUUAAGGUUUGACAUACUUGUUUAAGUUUCUUUCACAGUAGGCCUACCUUUGCUCGCUUUGAAUUGUAACUUCAGGACAGUAAAGGGUGUUUUCUCUACAGUAGUGUUGCUGUAAUAGUAAAAAUAAGUAUGGUUAGACAGUCAUUAAAAGUGCAGUGUUUCAGAUUUAGGGGAUCCAUUGCCUGAAACUGAAUUUAGUAUACAAAAUCUUGCUUUCAUUAGCAUAUAAUCACCUGUGAGUACGAACUGUGUUUUCAUUAGGUUAAUAUGAGCCCUUCACAGUUACAUAGGGAGAAGGUCUUCUUCCAACACAGGCUGCAUGGAGGAUCAUGCUUAUUAUUUAGCACAGGAAAAUGCAAGGGAAGUUGAAUCCUCUUUGCCAAGUAAGUGAAAACAUGAAGAAGCAAAAUGAAAUUGGGACAGACUGUGGCAGAAAAUAAUUAUUAGCACUGAUGUUUUCAGAGUCAUGCAGAAGUUGCCUGUUUUCUGCUGGACAGGUAAUUUAAAGUAACCCUUUUAGCCAUCUCAAUGUUGAAAAAUUUUCUGAGUGAUUUCAUGGUUGUCACAUUUAUGCAUACUUAUUGGCCACCGUAGGGUCUACUACAUCCUUAGAAAGCGAGGGUGAGGGAGUAGUAUUUAAUUGGUUGCAAUCUGCAGUCUCACUUCUAGGCACAAAAAACACUGCACCUUUCAGGGUAAUUUGAAGAUACCAAAUUGUUUUCUACUAUUCCUGCCUACCUGCCCAAAAACACUCCUUUAUUGGCCCCAUUCAUUUCUACUUUUAAUCUUUGAGUCUGUGAUCUGGAAAAAUAGCAUAUUUUUCUCUGUUGCUAUUACUUCACAAUUUAAAAAAAAAUUCUGGAUAAUUCAAUCAUUGACGUAUAAAGUCAUUCAGAGAAACUUAGAGAAGCGUCAGAGGCCUUUACAGUGGUGCUGGUAAGUACCAAGGAUAGUGAUGUCUAUAACAUAAAUAUAGACAUUUUAUCUGUCUUCAGAAAAAAUGCAAUUACACAAAAAUAGUGGUAAAUCUGAAUAAAAAAUAAUCAUUUUAGGGAAUGAUCAGCUGAUGCUGAUAAUAAUGCCAAUGCCUGAACAUGUAUAAAAUAUAGAACCUGGGACUACAUCUACCUGUAUUAGCAAUGCAGAGAAAUCUAAAUAUGGGCAAAAAUCAUAAAAAUGCGUUGUUAUCUACGGAUGAACUAUGUAUGCUUGUUUUUAAAUGCAGGUGUUGUCUUGACCACUUACUGUACUGACUUUGAAAACAACAGAGAAUUAAAACUGUAUAUUCCAAAAUGUACAACUUAUAGUUGUUUGCAGCCAUCGCAGCAUUAAACUCUAAAUAUUUCCAUUUAUUAUGUUUAACAAUUUUUUGUAGCUGUUUAUUGGCAUUGCAUAAUUGUGUUAUUUACUGACAUUGUCCUAUAAAACAAUAAAUGAUCAUGUAAUAAAAAUCCAGAAGAUAAACAAAAUUAUCAUGCAUUUUUCCAGAAUAUUGUAUAUUCUGAUAUGAGUAAAAGCAAUUCAUACAAAAAACACAAUUAGAAUCAACAACUUUAAUA